AUGUUCCUCAAUUGUUUGGGCAUGUGCUGUUCCAAGCUCACAACUAAUACAAAUUCAUCUCGGAGACAGUUUCCAACAGGAUUCUGCGACCACCAAAAUGAGAAGAUUCUUGUAUAUGAGUACAUGUCCAAUGGAUCUCUAGAUAAACACCUUCCAGGUGGGAAACUGUCAUGGAAGAAAAGGGUAGAGAUAUGCAUAGGCGUAGCACGUGGACUACACUACCUUCACACAGGAGCCAAGCGCUCCAUCUUUAACUGUAUCCUCAGAGCCAGUACCAUUCUCUUGGAUGGCAAUAUGGAGCCAAAACUCGCAGCUUUCGGUCUCAGCGUACAGGGACCACGAUUCAAUCCAAAGCCUCAGCCGAAACAGAUUAAUGUAGAUCAUAUUAUAGGUGUUGUUGGCUACAUGCCUCUGGAGUACGUGAUGGAUGGCACCGUCACAGAUAAAUGGGAUGUUUUCUCAUUUGGUUUGAUUCUACUACUAGUUGUGUGUGGAAUGAAUUAUUUAAGAAUCGUAACAGAAAGGGGAUUUCUGGAGAAGCCAAUUGAGGAAAUGAUUGAUCCGGACAUCAAAGGAAAGAUUGCAUCACAGUGUUGGGAAGUCUUUGUAGGUAUCAUGGUCAGAUGUUUGGAGUAUGAACAAAAUGAGCGACCAGCAAUGGGCGAAGAUUCUGCAACCACGGAAACGAGAAGAUUCUUGUGUAUUAGUACAUGUCCAAUGGAUCUACUGUCAUGGAAGAAAAGACUACAAUACCUUCAUGCAGGACCCAACCGCACCGUCAUUCACAAUAUUAUUGGCUACAUAGCUGUAGAGAAUUACAGGGACGGUAUCGUCACAGAUAAAUGUGAUGUUCACUCAUUUGGUGUGGUUUUACUACUAGUUCUGCUUGGAAGGGAAUCUUUUGUAGAUGUAGUAGACCUUCUGGAGGAACCUGCUGAGGAGAAUAUUGGUCCAAAUAUCAAAGGAAAGAUUGCACCACAGUGUUGGCAAGUAUCUACAGAGACCAACACUGGUAAAAUAGAAGUUGAAAUUGAGCAUGGUAUGUCCUUGUAG